CUGGGCCGACGGGUCAGUGAGGGUGGACUUGACACUAGAAACCGUGAGCUGAUACCGCUGGCCUUACCUCCAUUGGGACGCUACUGCCCUCUCUCUUUCUCUUGGAUUGAAGAAGAGGACUGUACCGCCACCAUGAUUUCUGCCACUAAGGUAUGCACCCCAACAAUUAGAAAUCCCCUGUAACACCCCCCCUUUAUCCACACCUCUCUCUCUCUCUUUCUGGCCGGCAGCAUGAUUUCUGCCAGAGAAGCAAAGACCAACAAUGAGAGAUGAGAGUGCAGUCUGCUGAUUUCUGUAAAUAGAGAAAAGGGUGUUGGAAGAGGAGGAAAUGAGUGAGGGCAGCAGUUGGGGGCAGCCCCCUCUCCCUCCUUCCCUGGCAGACAGCAGGGAGGAGCACUGGAUGCACUUCGACAGCUCCGUGAACGCCAUCUCAUUCGGCUUUGUGGCGACUGCCAUUCUCAUCUCCAUGUUCCUCGUCAUGGCCAUUUUCGAGAGAUUCCUGCGCCAGAGGUCGCAGCAGCAGCAGCCGCCGGCUAUGGUUCGUGGAUUAGGCGAUCCGGAGGCUCCGCUGGCCCACGCCUUCCCCUGCAAGCUCGAGGGAUCCCCUCCCACCAUGUCUGUGUAUGCAAAAGGUGUAUCAGUGUUAAUGCCUGGCCAGCAGAUCCCAACCUUCAUCGCACAUCCUGCGCCGAUCCCCUGCAACCGAGAACACGUACUAUGGCCGCACCAUCAACAUAGCCCAUUCUCUAACUUCACCCAAACGUGGGAGCAUUUCUGUUCUGAAUCUGCUCCAAAUACGUAAACCUUUCAUUUGGUUCGCUGCCGUUUUGUGUAAUGAAUCAGGUGGGGUUUUUGGAGCCAAUGGAAAUCAGUGAUGAGGUGCUUCAUCCCCUUUGGCUGUGUCUGCUUGAAGGUCUGUGCACAGCCAUUGCUGCACCCGCAUGUUAUAUUUUCAAGUUUUUAUCUUCUUCACAUUGGGCUGCAUGCUUGCCUUUCUGCAAGUUCGUUGUAAUGGCAGCCUAGAUAUCAUGUACAAAUUAGUGAAUUACUAGUGAUAUCAAAUUAUGUUGGGGAAUGACCCCACGUCUCAUUUUCGACAGAAAAGAUCCAUGGAAGAUGUGGGGCAUUGUACUUCUUGGCUACUGAGGAAAGUGCUAUAGCGCUUUAUCUUUUUGCUACAGAACAUGAUGAGUAGAGAAUUUCUUUUUAUUUUUUGUAGGCAAGCCCUCAUUCAUUCUUGCUCUUGAUCUCUUUGUUGAGAAUUGUUUGUCCCAACUGACAGAUCUUAGAUACAGCUGAUAUCUUUUCCAGUAUCA